AUGAAUGUCACAUUAAGAUCGACACCAUGCCUGCGCUGCGUAAGGAUAUACACCAGUGCCGCAGCCCUGGGCACUGCAGAGCUGCGGCUGCCGCUUCAUAGCAAGACUAUGAAGCGGUACAUCACGUCGACGCCGCAGCAAACCAAGAUAAAGGAGUUUUUCCCUCCACCAGAGACGCCUCGGAUCAAGGAGACGGACUCCUCAUGGGUUCACCCAAUAUACACCGAGCAGCAGAUGCGAGACGUGACCAUAGCCCACCGACAGGCGAAGAACUGGGCCGACUGGAUCGCGUUGGGCACGGUGCGGAUGCUGCGCUGGGGCAUGGACACGGUGACGGGGUACCGACAUCCCCCGGAGGGUACGGAGGCGGCACUGACGCCCCGGUUCGCCAUGACGGAGAAGAAGUGGCUGACGCGCUUCAUCUUCCUGGAGAGCAUCGCGGGGGUGCCAGGAAUGGUGGGCGGGAUGCUGCGGCACCUGCGCAGCCUGCGAAAGAUGCGACGCGACAACGGGUGGAUCGAGACACUGCUGGAGGAGGCGUACAACGAGCGGAUGCACCUGCUAACCUUCCUCAAGCUGGCGGAGCCCGGGUGGUUCAUGCGGCUGUCGGUGCUGGGCGCGCAGGGGGUCUUCUUCAACGCCUUCUUCUUCUCAUACCUGUUCUCCCCUCGCAUCUGCCACCGGUUUGUCGGCUACUUGGAGGAAGAGGCGGUCAUCACCUACACGCGGGCCAUCAACGAGCUCGAGGCCGGCCGACUGCCCGAGUGGGAGACCCUGGAGGCGCCCCAGAUCGCCAUCACCUACUGGCAGAUGCCCGAGGGCCAACGCUCCAUGCGCGACCUACUGCUGUACAUCCGCGCCGACGAGGCCAAGCACCGCGAGGUCAACCACACGCUCAGCAACCUGGACCAGGCGCAGGAUCCCAACCCCUACGCCUCCAAGUAUAAAGAUCCGAGCAAGCUGCACCCUACCAAGGCUAUUGAUGUGCUCAAACCGACGGGCUGGGAACGCAAGGACGUUAUGUGA